AUGGCAGCAGCAGCAGCAACAGACAACGUAUUAGAACGCAAGAGAAAGCAGCAGCAACAGCAGCAGCAGCAGCAACAGCAACAGCAGCAACAGCACUUUCACAGGAGCGGAAGGAAGCAGUGUCAGCUACUCCAGCACCUGCAGCAGCAGCAGCAACAGCAGCAGCAGCAGCAGCAGCAAAACAACGAGAAGACAGCAGCAAACGCGGAGCCACACACCCGCCAUCCUAAGAUAGCAGCAGAUACUGCAGCAGCAGCAGCAGCAGCAGCAUCAGCAGCAGCAGCAGCAACAGCAGCAGCAGAGGCAGCAGCAAGAAGUGUUCUGCGUACCCCCACAGCCAGGGGCCCCCAGGUCCUCUUAAACAUAUAA